UGCGGACUGAGUGAUAUUACAAUGUCAGAUAAGUGUUUUCAUAUAAUUCAGUCAGGUGUAUUUACACAUCUAAUACCAUGCAUUAAGUAAAUGUGGUGAUUGCUAGGAGAUGUAUACACUCAGCAUGUCGGAGAGAGCAUCCUUUAAACAUUUCAAUAGAAACAGUGUAUUAAACGACUUGUUGCUUGACAGAUUUACGACAUUCAUAUCGUCAGAAGAGAUAGUUUCCUUGUGCAUAACUUAUUGUUAAAGAACAUUUGAACAAACUCUCUAUGAAAGAAGAUCGGUUAAAGUUUGUCAUCUUCUAUUUAAUGGUCUACACAUAAACUUUAACUGUUAAUAGAAUAUUAAUAAAUAUAUCAAGUUAUUGGAAGAUUAUUCAUGGUUGUCAACUUUCUCAGAACCAUUCAACAAAACGAAUUGAAAUGUGAACAAUUUUCUAUAACUAGAAUUUAAGAUGCCUUCGACAAGUAAGCACCAUACUGAUAUUGAUUCACGAGGGAACAUCAAAAUUGAUCAUAGUACAACAUAUCAAGAAAACUCAUUCUUAUCAGACAGUUUGGAAAGUAAAAUAGCAAGUUUACAUAAAGCAAAAUUCAGAGCAAGUAUAGAUACUGACGAUGCGUUAAAAGAGGCACGAAAGGAAGCUGAAGAAAUUUCGCGUUUAAGUUCUGCUAUUAAACGUGGUGAGAUUAAAGAUAGUGUUUCUCUGUAUGAUAGACGAUCUCAUACUCCUAAAUCACGUGAUGGAACACCACAUACAACGGAAGUACUUACUUAUGGAAUGCAAAGUUCUAGUUUCGGGAGCAGACCACAGACUCAUGUUGAGAUACGUCGUGACUCUGAGAAGCCCCCUGUUAGUACGCUGACUAUGUUUGCUAUUUCUAUGCAGAAGUUAACUUCCUCGAAAUCAUCAUCGAAAAAUGACACUAAAGUUAUACAUAAAAACAUUCAAGGCUACCGAAGUUUUAUGACUCUUCGCUGUCUUUCAUCGCCAGCUUAUCUGAGAAAAGAGCGAAGUAAACGACAGCGGCGCCCAGCUUUAGUCAGAUUUCAAGAUCUUAAAGAUGGCGAAGUGAUGGAGGCUCAAGAUAUACCAGUCAUGAAACCUGAAGUUGCGUAUGCAAUGCAACUGCGCAAGCGCCAAAUUCGUUCACGGAGAGAACUAACAGAACUUAGUAAAAUAGAAACAGAAGAAAAAUAUGGAAAACCGGAUAAAACAGAUGAGUUUAAACAGAAAAGAUAUGCUUGGGCAAAAGGGAAUAAUGAACUUAAUACUAGAAUACGUUCAUUCCUAGUUGAUGUGGAAACUUUUAAUAAACGACAGAGGAAACCAGAUUAUCUAAUGACUGACAUUAUUCGAUCAAAAACAUGUAUGGUCUAGAUAAAAAUAUAAAAUUUCAAGUGGGAUAUAACGAAAAAAUGGACGGAAACAAAAGUGUCAUUUUCUAAAGGAUAUGCAAUUGACAACAAAGACUCAUAAUUAUACAGCAACAUUGGUUGUAACGUUUAUUUUGAUUGGAUAACGUCACCAAUUUGCAUUGCAUCAAUUCGAUAUUGAUACUAUGAAAGCGUACGAGCAAGCGCAGACGACAUAUGGCAGAUUUUAAAUGUAUGAUUUGUUGUCGUUUUCUGUCAGUUUCAUUGAAAUCGAGAUAACGAUAUUGUAUUCUAAGCGCCGACGGCAUCAAUUGGUGAUUUGAUGGUCACAAAUACAUGUUUACGACCAUCAAAUCACCAAUUGAUGCCAUCAGAGCUUAACAUUCAAUGCAGUUAUCUUCUAAAUGUACAUCAAACCACAACUUCUUAUCUUUAUAUAUAAUGCUAAUUUUGUUUUGUAAGAUUGUUGUUUAAAUUCAAUUACAAAAACGCAAAUAAAACCUACAUUGUAUAACAUAUAAAGUAAUAAUUGACUAAAUUGAACCAUUUAUAUACAAUUUUAAGUUUAUAACAUUCCAAUGUAUAUGCUAAAGCUUCCAAAUUAUUGCGUAUUAUUGCAUUGUAAAAUUCAUUUAAAAGUGACGACUUGAAAGAAAAUAAUUUUCCGGACAAA